AUGUUCUAUUUUCUCGUCAUUUUGAGCUGUUUCAUUGGAAUGGUGACGGGAAGACCGCAAGAUUUUGAGAAGACAGAAAAUCACAAAGUGCAUAGCCUUCACAAACGCCACCAUUUUUUAUUGCCCUACACUUCUUCCUCUUCCCAUAUCGAGAUGCGAAAUGAGGAACUGAGAAAAAAUCAAAAUGAGAUGAAGAAAAUCCCGAACAAUCACGAUUCACCGCAUGAAAUAAACGAGAAUCACAUAUUUCAGCAUUCUGCCGCUUCUUUUCAGGAGAAAAUCGAUCGAGAUGCCCGGGAUCUCGAGGUGGAUUCGGUGAGAACGAAUGACGAUGGAUCGAUUGAUCUCACCGCCACGCAUAGAUUAUCAAAAAACGAGAAAGAAGCGUCAGAUUCCGAAAAAGAAGGACAUUACGUAUAUUCGGUUGGAAAUGAUACUGGAAAAAAGAAAGCAGCGCUUGCAAGUUUCCAAAUGCUCAAAGCUGAAUCAGAUACAGAUGAGGUGAUCGAAGUCGUACAAAAGCCAAAGAAAAAUCCCAAGACUUAUUUAACGACUCUUCCAUCAGAAGAGCGCGUCCGUGGCGUUCACAAAACCCGCAAAAAGAAGCCCGGCCGAAAUGAGGCAUUGAUGACAGCGAUGCAAGCUGAUAAGCAUAAGGAUCAGAAGUGUCGGACUGGAGUGUUUAAACAGCAUGUAAAGAUGCCUGGUUGUUUGACAAAAGUCAUCUUUAACAGAUUUUGUCACGGCUCGUGCACCUCAUUUUUCAUCCCGAGAAUGAGACCGAAUCGGCUGAAGGCCUCAUUUCAAUCGUGUGCUGCAUGCAUUCCAAAGCAUUACGACAAAAUGGACGUGACUCUUGACUGUCCUGGAAUGGAUCCACCACAAGUGACAAGGACAGUCGUUAUUGUGAAAAAAUGCGAAUGUCUGGCGGUGAAUGCACGGCCUGUUGGU